AUGACGGGCCGCGCCUCGGACCUGCCGCCGCCGCGGCCCAUCGCCGUCGAGAUCUGCGAGUCGCCGGCGCGCGGGGCGCAGGCCGCCGCCUCGGCGGAGGCUGGCGAGUCGCAACCUCCUGAAGUACACCAUCCACAAGACAUCCUUCGCGGCUACGCGUCCAUGCUGGCAGUGAAGUUUUCUGGCGAACUGUCGCAGCAUACGGAAAACGUUGGGGCUGUGGCACACGAGUACACCUUGUCAGUUGCAGAUGUGUGCUACUGCUUUCUCUGUUUGGAAGAGGUCGGAAAUAGCGACGCGGAUGGGCAGUCUGGCCUAUCCGUCAAGAAGUGGGGGACCGGCGCGUUCGCUGCUCGGAUUUGGACAGUUGUGCUCGCUCGCUUUGUCAAGGCGGCGCAGAAGGAGCGUGGGGCCACAGAUGAUGGCCGCGUGGAGAACGUCUGCGCCGAGUGGCAGUACAAGAGCGACCACUUCAUAGCGGAGAUGAAGGCUGUCGAGGCUGGGUUUCUGCGGAAGUUCGGCAAGGAGUCCGCCAGCAUCAUGGCCGUCCAGAAGCGCGGCUGCAUCACAUACCUCGCACAAGGCCGCUGCGGUUAUGACAAGAGGGCGGGCCCGGGGAGCACGGGGCACCCGCGCACCGUCUUUGAGUUUUGCCGCAGCGUGGGGAUGGGCUCGUCCAUGUGCACCACGGGGGAGCAGGAGAUCAGACACGCGGAGGCGGUGAACGACCCGAGGAGGUCGCCCACGGGCAAGGGCGCCAAGGCCUCUACCCCGACCCGGCAAGGGGGCUGCCUGGCCGGCGGCAAGGGGGCGGCUGCCGCCCCGCAGCAGGCACCGCAGGGCAAGGACUCCCCGCAGCAGGCGCCAGAGGCGGCCGCCGAGAAGUUGGACCUGCUAGCCGAGAUCCGUGCCACCACGCACAGAUUGGACCGCCUGAGGGAUAGCAACGUCGACUUGAGGCGCGAGAAGUCGGUAUCAGAGCUGCAGAGGAAGCCAAUUGACGAGUUGCAGAAUAUCAAGAAGAAGCUGGAUGCAGAGCUUGCCGCAGCGGAAACUCGCGAGGAUGCAGAGACGAAUGAGAUUGCCCGAAGAUCAAGGUUCUACAGCGGCUCGGUCGAUGACGCUAUCAGGCUGAGCACGACGGUGAAGCCGCCCGCGAAGGUGGAGGCCUCGUCCAGCGGCGGCUACCCCUCGGCGACGUCUGCGGCCAAGGGCCCGGCCGCGCCAGCGGCCCCCGCGAACAACAACCCGCUGCAGGUUGCGCUGCAGGACCCCUUCAUCCUCCUCGGGCCAGACAUCCUCUGCGAUAAGAACAUUGGCGUGGCCGGAAUGCAGUGGGACAACAAGUGGGCCAGCGACCCCGCCGGGCCCCGCGACGAGGGCCACCGGCGGCAGGUCCGGCUGAACACGAGGGAGAAGGUGCGGAAAGAACUGGGGCUGGAGUUCUUCGGGCAGCCCGCCGGCCAGGCCAAGAACAUGCCCCCGGCGAUGAGGGCAUCGUACUUGUUCCGCGAGGCCGACAAGGCGCGGCUCGAGGAGGGCUCGGCGCGCGCAGGCGACCUGAAUCUCCUCGGCCGUUACGACGUGUGCUGCGUGAAGACUUGCGCAGACCUCGACAGGAAGUGGGGCUGGCUGAAGGGCCAGAAGAUGGAUUUCUGGGUUGCCCAUGCUGCCGCUGUGAACAUCGGCGAGUCCGUCGACGCUCCAGACUUCACCGAUUUUCGGAAGCACGAGAACGAGGUCGCCAAGGCCCUCGACGAGUGGAAGUACAUCGAGGCCCUGCCAC